AUGGCGACGUCGAGCAAGCCCAACUCCCGCUUCUCGUCUCUCAAGGUCUUCAAGUUCAAUGCCGCCCCCAAGCCCCCGCCCCUCCCUCCAAAGGACCCGUACUACCUCCCCAAUCCUUCACUUCGCUCUCUCGGAACCUCCCUCUCUCCCGACUCCGCUCCCUCGCAUCCAGUCACCCCCCUCUCCGCCCAGUACGGCCGCUCCCCAUCUCCUACUCCCUCCGCUGCGCCUAGCCGCAUUGGCCUCUCGCCUUACUCUAGUGUCUCUGUCGCCGCCUCCACCUCCACCCUCAACUAUCCCGAGCCCGCCAGCUCGCGCAGGAGUCUCUUCAAGUUCGGCUCUUUCGGCAAGAGGCCGAAGACCCCCAAGACCGCAGACUUUACCCUUGCCCCUCCACUGCCCACCCAGUCCCAAGAGGCUGUCGACGACCCAUCAAUAUCUCUUCCGUGGAACUUCCAGGUCAGUGCCACCCCCUCCUUCCCGGUACGUAUUCACUCCGUCCUGCGUUGUUCCUGA